CGCGGCCCCGGGCCCCGGCUCCGGCGCCGUCCCUCCUCCCGGGCCGGGCGCCGCGGCCCCGGUAUGAGGAGCGGGCGAUGAUCCCCGCCAACGCCUCCGCCAGGAAGGGGCCCGAGGGCAAGUACCCGCUGCACUACCUCGUGUGGCACAACCGCCACCGCGAGCUGGAGAAAGAGGUCCGCGCCGGCCAGGUGGACAUUGAGCAGCUGGAUCCUCGUGGUCGGACUCCCCUGCACCUGGCUACCACUCUGGGGCACCUCGAGUGUGCCCGUGUGCUCCUGGCACACGGCGCAGACGUGGGCAGGGAGAAUCGCAGUGGCUGGACAGUGCUCCAGGAGGCCGUGAGCACCCGGGACCUGGAGCUGGUGCAGCUGGUCCUGCGGUACCGGGACUACCAGCGGGUGGUGAAGCGGCUGGCGGGCAUCCCGGUGCUCCUGGAGAAGCUGCGCAAGGCUCAGGACUUCUACGUGGAGAUGAAAUGGGAGUUCACUAGCUGGGUGCCCCUGGUGUCCAAGAUCUGCCCCAGUGACACCUACAAAGUGUGGAAGAGCGGGCAGAACCUGAGGGUAGACACCACGCUCCUGGGCUUCGAUCACAUGACCUGGCAGCGAGGGAACCGCAGCUUUGUCUUCAGGGGCCAAGACACAAGCGCUGUGGUCAUGGAGAUUGACCACGACCGCCGGGUGGUGUACACGGAGACUCUGGCGCUGGCCGGGCAGGACCGCGAGCUGCUGCUGGCCGCCGCCCAGCCCACCGAGGAGCAGGUGCUGAGCCGUCUCACUGCGCCCGUCGUCACCACGCAGCUCGACACCAAGAACAUCUCCUUCGAGAGGAACAAGACUGGCAUCCUGGGCUGGCGCAGCGAGAAGACCGAGAUGGUGAACGGGUAUGAAGCGAAGGUAUAUGGGGCAUCCAACGUGGAGCUCAUCACCCGGACAAGGACAGAGCAUCUUUCAGAACAGCACAAGGGCAAGGUCAAAGGCUGUAAGACGCCUCUGCAGUCCUUCCUGGGAAUUGCUGAGCAGCAUGGGGGCCCCCAAAAUGGGACCCUGAUCACCCAGACUCUGAGCCAAGCCAACCCCACUGCCAUCACCGCAGAAGAAUACUUCAACCCCAACUUCGAGCUUGGCAACCGGGACAUGGGCCGCCCCAUGGAACUGACCACCAAGACGCAGAAGUUCAAGGCCAAGCUGUGGCUGUGUGAGGAGCAUCCCCUGUCCCUGUGUGAGCAGGUGGCCCCCAUCAUUGACCUCAUGGCCAUCAGCAAUGCGCUCUUUGCCAAGCUCCGAGAUUUCAUCACCCUGCGCCUGCCUCCUGGCUUCCCGGUCAAGAUUGAAAUCCCGAUCUUCCACAUCCUCAAUGCUCGCAUCACCUUUGGGAACCUCAAUGGCUGCGACGAGCCGGUGCCAUCCGUGCGAGGCAGCCCCAGCAGUGAGACCCCUUCCCCAGGCAGCGACUCCUCCAGCGUCAGCAGCUCCAGUUCCACCACCUCUUGCCGUGGCUGCGAGAUCUCCCCAGCGUUGUUCGAGGCCCCUCAUGGCUACAGCGUGCUGGGCGGCCAGCGGGAGGCGGCAACACGCGACGACGAUGACGACCUGCUGCAGUUCGCCAUCCAACAGAGCCUGCUUGAGGCGGGCAGUGAGUACGACCAGGUCACCAUCUGGGAGGCGCUGACCAACAGCAAACCAGGCACCCACCCCAUGUCCUACGAGGGUCGCCGACAGGACAGGUCAGUGUCCGCUAGGCUGGGGAAGAUUUGGAGACGCCUGUCUCGCCCCUGCCCCCGCCUACCGCACACGCACCCUGUCACACUGGGUGUGAGGCGAGUGGAGCCUCCCCUCUUGGCUCAGAGAACCCUGGUGCCCUCAGCAGGGACCCUCUGGUGUCAGGACGGCUCCUACCACCUCCCUUUUCUGGCUCCGGGUGGCCGGGCAGUGCCCCAGCGGCGGGCCGGGGCAGGCAUCCAGGCCUGGCGUUCAGGCCCUGCCCAGCCUUCGAGGCCCCCAUGGCUACAGCGUGCUUGGCGGCCAGCGGGAGGCCCCAGGAUGUCGGGGCUGGGGUCCUGGAAGAUGCCCCCAUGGUCUGGGUCGCCGCUGACGGAAGGGAAAAUUCUGUGGGGGCUGGGAUCUGCCACAACCACGCGGUGGCCAGGGCGGCGACGCGGGACUCAUCGCCUCCACUAGAGCGCGGCGGACCUGCGCCACCCUGGAGCCUCCACACUGUCCCUGGGCCCCCGAUUAUGGGCAGGUGCCCCCGGGAGCCCUGGCCAUAUCUCCCCCGC